GCACGCGGCUGGUGGAGCAGGCGGUGGAGAAGGACGCGGCCGGCGAGCUGGAGGCGGCCGUCCAGCUGUACAGGGACGGCCUUGAGCACCUGCUCGCCGCCGUCCAGUACGAGCAGAGCGAGGAGCGGCGCGCGGCGCUGCGGCGGAGGCUGGAGGAGUACGUUCGGAGGGUGGAGGCGCUGCGCGGCCGGCUCCACCCGCCGGCGAGCCCCCAGUCGGGUCCGAUGCCCGGAGCGGCGGCCGACCCGGACACAGCGGCCCUCGAGGCGCUGACGCCGCAGCGGGAGUCUGUGCGUUCGGCGCUGGAGAUGGCGCGCUCCGCCGUCUGGUACGAGCGCGAGACGCGCUGGGACACGGCGCUGGAGACAUAUCAGCUUGCCAUUCAGCAGCUGAUGACGCGGGCCCGGCAAGCCGAGCCGGAGGAGCGCCGCCUGCUGACGGCCGUGGUGGAGCGGUGGCUCAGCAGAGCGGAGGCCAUUCAGUCUAUGCGCGACCUGCAGAAGGGGAUGGCCUCCUCGGGCGGCGCCGACGACGGCAGUCACAAAAAGUGCACUGUACAAUGACGUCUUCGUCCCUGGCGCGGAAAGGUGUCAGACCUGGAUCCAGGACGGCAGGAGCACGGGGACCACACAGCCGAUGCCGUAUGGCGUCAGCCGUAGUGGUCUGCGGUGCUUGUGCCGAAUGCAAGCUGCAUGCGCACGGUACUUGUGUGAGCCGUGGUCUGAAACAGCACCGAUGACCCGGGUACCAUGUGAGGAAUGGCUGCUAGUUGUGUCAGGGGCAUUGCGCGCCAUAUGCAUAUUUAUUGUCGUGGAAUAGUGCGUGGAUUCGCUUUGAAGCUUCAACCGGGUUAUGCACACCGGAGUUGCCUUGAUGUUGGGUGAUUAUUCGUCACGGCUGCGGGAGCGUAGGCAGUGCACUGAUGUCGCAUGUCCAGCCACUUGGUUCGAUUCAUGAGCUCGGUCGGCGGCCCGGCGCAAAUGGUCUCUGCAGUCGGCGCGCCCGAAAACCCCAAUAAACAACAGAGAAUCGUUU